GGCGGCGGGGUGGAGGGGCUGCGGGGCACGGCACCCUCGGCGCCCAGGAGCCCUGAGGCCGGGCCGAGGCGGCGGCAGCGGCAGCGGCUUUUGCUGCGGGGCCUCCGGCGCGGGGCGGGUCUGGAGCCGAGACCUCUGGGCUACGGGACGGGGGCGGGGACCGAUGCUGAAGAGCGGCUCGGGAGAGGGCCCCUGGGUCGCGCCCACGGGAGGCAAGAGAGGUCUCCGCGUUGGCCCGGCCGCCGCGCGUCGGUCCCGUGUCUGCCCGCUGCCCCGCAGGUGCUGGAAGACCGACAGGCACACGGGUGCGGGCCGCAGGCUGUAGCAGACGCCGCCAGCAUCGCCGGGGCAAGGCGUGUUAGCCGUUCUGAAAUCCUAGAGAGACAGAGCAGCUGUUGACAAGAGCGCCUCCCAAGGAAAAUGCCUGUGCAGUUAGGAACUUGGGCAAUUGGGGUUGGAAGAAAGUGUCAGUUUAUUAUUCAAGUUAUACUGUUUGGCAGUGAUGACCCUGAUGGCUGCAGCAUAUACCAUAGCUUUAAGAUACACAAGGACAUCAGACAAAGAACUCUACUUUUCAACCACAGCCGUGUGUAUCACAGAAGUUAUAAAGUUAUUCCUAAGUGUGGGAAUUUUAGCUAAAGAAACUGGUAGUCUGGGUAGAUUCAAGGCAUCUUUAAGAGAAAAUGUCUUGGGGAGCCCCAAGGACCUGCUGAAGCUGAGCGUGCCGUCGCUGGUGUACGCCGUGCAGAACAACAUGGCCUUCCUGGCGCUCAGCAACCUGGAUGCAGCCGUGUACCAGGUGACCUACCAAUUAAAGAUUCCCUGUACUGCUUUAUGUACUGUUUUAAUGUUAAACCGGACACUCAGCAAAUUACAGUGGAUUUCGGUUUUUAUGCUGUGUGGUGGAGUGACACUUGUGCAGUGGAAGCCAGCCCAAGCUACAAAAAUUGUGGUGGAGCAGAAUCCGUUAUUAGGGUUUGGUGCUAUAGCGAUUGCUGUAUUGUGCUCAGGAUUUGCAGGUGUAUAUUUUGAGAAAGUUUUAAAGAGCUCAGAUACUUCUCUCUGGGUGAGAAACAUCCAAAUGUAUCUAUCAGGGAUUAUUGUGACAUUAGCUGUCGUCUACUUGUCAGAUGGAGCUGAAAUUAAAGAAAAAGGAUUUUUCUAUGGUUACACGUAUUAUGUCUGGUUUGUCAUCUUUCUGGCAAGUGUUGGAGGCCUCUAUACUUCUGUUGUGGUUAAGUACACAGACAACAUCAUGAAAGGGUUUUCUGCAGCAGCAGCCAUUGUCCUGUCCACCGUUGCUUCAGUGAUGCUGUUUGGAUUACAGAUAACACUCACUUUUGCUCUGGGCGCCCUUCUGGUGUGUGUGUCUAUAUAUCUCUAUGGAUUACCCAGACAAGACACUACGUCCAUCCAACAAGGAGAAACAGCUUCAAAAGAGAGAGUAAUUGGUGUGUGAUGUCAACUUCAAGUGAGAUUUCUACUAAGACUAAACAAUUUGCAUUAAACUAGAGCCUUAAGUCAAUCCCAGAAGGUAGCUUAAACAAAAUACCAACAAAUUAGCUGAUGGCAUAAGAAUUAAGAAGAAAACUAUCUAAGUGAAGUGUUAAUACAGAGAUUUAAUGUGGAACUGUUUGGGUCAAGCUAUUGUUUCAGAAUGAAGGAAUUUUGUUACUGUAUAUAUAUUAAGUGUACAUAAAAAGUAGGGAGAUGAUAUGGUUUUAAAAAAUCAUGUGAGGCUACAAUAAUCAAGGUCUGUAACAGUGUUUAAGGGUUAAAGUGCCAAAGCCAUUUCUCUUGUUCAGGUACCGGGAGGGGUCAACCCCUCCUUUUCUACAGUUCGUGUAUAGUAUUUUGUCCUAGCAGCAGGACCUAGGCUCUUUUCCUACAAAAGAGAAAGACAGGCUAGUUCAGAAACAAACUGAAUCUAUUCCAUUCCUCAGAAGAUGAUUUCUGGGUGGUGGCUGAGUACUCUUUCAGUUCUGUACCUGUGCAUUGUCUAGUUCACAUUCCUUUGCUGUUAGAUGAUAUAGUUUUCUUCAAACAGAUUUCUAAUGUCACUUUUGUAUUUUUUUUUAAAAGUAUGCUUAACUUUUAAAACAGGCUCUCAAUAAUUGUGAAAUUUUAGUGUUUCUAAAGAAAUUUCUAAUAUUAAUGGGGAAAUUCAGCAAUAAACUUAAUUUA